UGCAUGCAGUUUCAGCUGCCGUUGCCAAACGGGUGAGAUUACAAGCAUCACAAUCUUCAGCUUUCCCAUUGCCGUGUAAAUUACCCAUACUACAGUUUAUCAUAGAGAGUUGCUUUCACUUGGCGAAUUUUACGUGCAUCCCAGAUUCAAUGAAAAUUAGUGAUUCCCAUGGAGAAUGCAGUGAAAGCUAUCAAACGUCCACUAUAAUUGAUAAAGGUUUUGGCGAUUUGGGUUCUUUCGUUUCUUUUCCCACGGUUGUAUGGGAUAAGUUUUUCAAGUUUCUAAUGGAGCGAGUAUCGGGGGGUCCUUCGACAACCUCUUUGAACGCUCGUUUUGUAAUCCAUGGAAAGGAAAUGCACAUCAAUCUGCAGAAUGUGCCUCCACAUUCUGAAGCAGUUAAGACUUCUCUCUGUAAUCUCAAACUGGACAGUGAUGCAGAGACCCACAUUCUACUCAGAGGCUUCGAACCCCUGAUUCAGAAGAAGUUGAUUCAGAGUACAAAUAUUUCAGGAUUUUUAUCUGAUUUAAAAAUGAUGCUGGAGUAUAUUGUGAAAGUCAAAUGUAAGGAAACAUCGCGGUCAUCUUCAUUUCACCGCUUUAUUUUCUCUGAAAUAGAGGAGGUCGGUUGGGAACAUCUAUUGAGCAUGGGUGAAAACCUAACUUCUUUAUGCUUUCGCCUCUUCGACACGAUGAACCAUGAGCAUAUAGUGGAAAUAACAUUGCCUCCAGAAUAUCCUGAAUGUGCACCUUCAGUCCUAGUGGAUGUGCCUUAUGUUUGUGAAUUACGAUGGUCAAAACAAUCCAGUUUAAAAGAAGCAUUGCAUCAAUUACGUGAGCAUUUAAAGAUAUUUCAGGACCUUUGGUCUACUAUAGACGAGAUUGAUAAGGAGCUCUGGGUAAUUCAGUCGGGAAGAUCCAAGCGUUGUAGUUCCUCUGUCCAACUAGCACUGGGAAAUGACUGUUUCAUGUUGCUGUUUAUAGAUGUGGGAAACCCAACAUCAUUGCCAGAGUGUCGGUUUCUUGGUCCAGAUUCAAUUGUGAAUAGAUUGAAGCUUAUGUGGGAGAGGAAUACAAGAAAAUGCAUGGCCUUGUGCAAUUCCACCCCUGCUGGGCCUCUGCUGAAAUGAUGAGUAUGCAGUCACUCUUUGAUUUCAUAUUGCUGAAAUGAUGAGUAUGCAGUCACUCUUUGAUUUCAUAUUCUUGUCCGUCCACACUAGAAUUUCAUCCAGCAAAGUAGAAUUUCUCCAUUUGCUUGGGUGUGUACAUGGUUUCAGACAGCAUAAUGCGCAUCAUCUUCAUUUAUGUGUGAAAACUUUAUAUUUGAUUUUAUACUUUUCAUUUGAACCAUUUUUUUUUCUCGAAAUUCUUAAAAGUCUGCUUUCUUUAUAGUGAUCAGAUUUAAUUUGGAAAAUGCCAAACUUGUCAUUGGAGAGCAUCUUGAAUGGCUCCCUAAACAAAAGAAAGACACAAGAAAACCAUUCAUCCUAAUAUUUGUUAUUUUUCAUUCUACCAUGUUAUUUCAAAUCAGUGUUUAAAAAAACAGAUCGGUGACCUGAAUCGGUGUCCCCCAUAUUCGUGUCAAAUCGUUAAUCGGUGGAUCAAUUCGGAGAAUUGGCCGAAUCAGCAAUUUUUGUCCAAAUGUUUUUUCAGAAACUCACUAUAAAUAUCUAAAAAUAUUGAUCUUUUAGUUUAUAAAAAAAAUUCGGAGUGGUGCAUUAUGUACUUUAAUUACCUAUAAAAAAUAGGUCAAUUUGAGAUUCUGUUUUCCUGUCUGGAUGUCUGUAUAAUUAUUAAUUAUAAUAUAAUAUUAUAAUAU